GCCCCUUUGGGGAGGGGCACCCUUGAUCGAGAGCGCCCCAGGAGGAUUCCUGGGGCCCCACCGAAACGAGAGACCGUCCACUCGGUUAAAGAGGCCUGCUUGCGCUGGGGAGUCAGACUUGAGUUCGAAUGCCCUCGCAGCUUGGAGCCUCAGUUUACCCCUCUGUGGAAUGGACACAAUAACAGUCCCUACCGUCCAGAGUGGUUGGCGGUAUCCAAUAAAGCACUGUGUAAACGCAGAAUCAAGGGUAGCCGAGCGCAGGGACGGGACCCCUAGCGCCAGGAGCAGUCUCCGGGUUGUUUUCUGGCCGCCGCCGCCAGGCAGCCCUCAUUACUUCAAUUCGGAAAUUCCGGUGCGAGACCGGCCAGCAAGAGGGGACAGCCCUGCCCGGCCCCCGGUACCCUCUCAGUCCGGAAGUGCCAGAGCCCUCGUUCCGGAGAGGAAAGCGCGAGGUUUCCGGGAAGGCAGCACCGCCCCCUCGGCACCCCUUGGCUGGCCGCUAUAAAAGGACCCACAAGGCUCUCAGCUCCACCGUCCCGCGCCCACGCCUCUGCGCCACGUCGUCCGCCCGGCCUCCGCCUGCGAUGGUUCCUGGCGCUGCCCAUCCCGCCCUGCUCGCGCUCCUGGCCCUGCUCGGGGCUCUGGUCCCAGGGCCUGGAGGUGCCCAAAUAUCAGUGCAGCCUCCAAAAGCCAUCAUACCCCGAGGAGGCUCCAUAACUGUGAACUGCAGUACCUCCUGUGACGGACACACACUACUGGGCCUAGAGACUCAGCUGGCCAAGAAGGAAGUAGACCAUGGAAACAACUGGAAGAUUUUUGAACUGAGUGACGUGCAAAAAGACAGCACUCCGAUAUGCUACUCAAGCUGUCCCGAUAGCCAGCAAUCAGCUUCGAUGAACCUCACCGUAUACUGGUUCCCGGAACGCGUGGAGCUGGCCCCGCUGCCCCGCUGGCAGCCCGUGGACGAGCACCUCAUCCUGCGCUGCGUGGUGUCCGGUGGGGCCCCCCGGGACCGCCUCACUGUGGUGCUGCUUCGUGAGGAGGAGGAGCUGGGCCGGCAGCCAGCGGGAAAGGGGGAGCCUGCCGAGGUCACGGUCAGGGUGCUGGCGAGGAGAGAUGACCAUGGAGCCAAUUUCUCUUGCCGCACGGAGCUGGACCUGCGCUCCCAAGGGCUGGGACUGUUCCAGAACAGCUCGGACCCCAGAAAGCUCCGAACCUUUGCCCUACCAAUGACCAACCCUCACCUUGGUACCCCCUCGGUACUGGAAGUGGGCACACGGUACCCGGUGAACUGCACCCUGGUUGGACUGUUCCCAGUCUUGGAGGCGGACGUCCACCUGGCACUGGGGGACAUGAGGCUGAAGUCCACAAUCACGUACAAUGAUGACUCACUCUUUGCCGAAGCCUGGGUCAAUGGAAAGGUGGAGGAAGAAGGCAUCCAGUACUUGACGUGUGCGGUGAACCUGGGAGGGCAGAGCCGGAGGUCUCGGAAGAACGUGACCAUCUAUAGCUUCCCGGCUCCCAACCUGACCCUGAGCCAGCCCGAGGUCUCGGAAUGGACUACAGUGAACGUGGAGUGUGAGGCCCAGGCUGGAGCUGUGGUGACACUGAACGGGACCCCAGCCAGGCCUCCGGGCCCGAGGGUCCAAUUGCAGCUGAACGCCAGCGCCGAGGACAACGGGCGCAGCUUCUCCUGCUCUGCUGCCCUGGAGGUGGCUGGCCAGGUGGUACACAAGCACCAGACCCGGAAGCUCCGUGUCCUGUAUGGCCCCCGACUCAAUGAGAGGGAUUGCCUGGGAAACUGGACAUGGCAGGAAGGCUCCCAGCAGACCCUGAGGUGUCAGGCCUGGGGGAACCCAACCCCCAAGCUGAACUGUAGCCGGAAAGAGGAUGGGGCUUUGCUACCCAUUGGGGACCUGAGGCCCGUCACGCGGGAGGUGGCAGGCACCUACCAGUGUCGAGCCACGAGCACUCACGGUGAAGUUACCCGUGAAGUUGUCAUCAAUGUGAUCUACCAGCAGAAUACCAUGGCCAUCAUCAUUGUGGUGGCAUUUUUGUUCGUCGUUGGCACUGUAGGCACAGCCGCUUACAUCUACAACUACCAGAGGAAGAUCCAGAAAUAUGAGCUACAGAAGGCCCGGAAGGCCCAGGAAGAGGCUGCCAUGAAACUGAACACCACCAGCCACGCCACCCUGAGCCUACCCCCUCAGGACACGACCUCCUCAGCCCCCAAACCGUGA